AUGUUGUAUUUACUUUUAAACAUAGCUUUUGCAAAUAUAUUAGAUAAUGUUUUUGCUAACUUUGAUGCCCCUUAUGUCCAUAUUCCUAAUGAUUUUCAUGUUGUUUUUGGAACCUAAAGAACCAGUAGUCCUAACACAAUCACCGUAGAUUAUUCUACAAAAUUGGCUAGUUCACACAUUAUUUUAUCUAUUGAUAAAAUUGGAGAAAUUGCUAAUGCUUAUGUCAAUCUAAAUACAAAUAAGGUAUAUUUAAAUUAUUAUCAUUCAUUUCCACCUGAAAUGAAAUGUUCUAUAUUUAAUGCUCCAAAUAUAUCUAACAAAUUGUAAGUUCAAUCUGGAAAUAAUGCAUUUAUACUCGAACCUGAUGUUGUAUUUCAUUUAAUGAGUCUUUAUAUGGGAACUGGAGAUGAUGAUCUUGCCAGAUUUGAGAUUAGUUCGCUUUUGUAAGGAAAAAAUAAAGCAUAUGCAUUAUUUGAUAAAUAAGGAAAUCUAGAUUCUAUAGAAAUCGAUUUGGAAUCUAAAAGAUAAAUUAGAUUCUAUGUAAUUGAAGAUUUAGUGGAAAAGAAGUUUUCUCAAGAUGAUUUUAAAGUGCCUUGGGAUUGUCAAGAAUCUGAUGUAAAUUUGAGUGAGAUUAUUGAAAAAUUGAUGUUAUUUUUAAAGUGAAAAU